AUGAGCGGCCCCGGUGUCGGAUUCGAAUACCCUCGCCAAGAGGUUUCUUGGCUGAAGCGCGAUGUGCUGCUCUUCGCGAACACCAUCGGUGCCACCGCUGACGAGCUUCACUUCCUCUAUGCAACGUUCAAGGGCAACACCCAGGAGGUAAUCGACUUCUACGCCGCCCAAAAGGCUGUUCAGAUCCCCAAUGUUCCCUCGUUCGAUGCCCGCCGCGUCGUCGACGGCCAGCGCAAGAUCCUCCUUCAUAAGCCCGUCCCCACCACCUCGGCCGGCAAAAAGUUCGAAGUCCGAACCAAGGUCCUCGGUGUUUACGACAAGGGCCGUCCCGGCUCCGUCGUCGAGACGCAAACCGACCUAGUCGAGCUCCCCAGCAACGAGGUCUACGCCAGCGUCAUCACCAGCAGCUUUUACGUAGCCCAGGGCAACUGGGGCGGCCCCAAGGGCCCCGCGACCGAGAACUUCCCUCCACCAAAGGACAAGAAGCCUGAUGCCACUUUUGAGCAGCAGACGACCAAGGAGUCGGCGCUUCUGUACCGCCUCAACGGGGAUUACAACCCGCUGCACGCAACCCCGGAGCCGGGCAAGAAGAUGGGCUUCCCCGGAGCCAUCAUGCACGGCUUGUACUCGUGGAACUCGACGGCUCACGGUCUGCUGAAGGCCUUUGGUGGCAGUGACCCUGCCAACAUCAAGGAGUACCAGGCCCGUUUCGCCAGUCCCGUUAUGCCUGGCGACAAGUUGGUGACAGAUGCCUGGAGGACAGGCAAUCUUAAGGAUGGCUGGGAAGAGGUCCGUUUCCAGACCAAGGUUGAGGGCGGCAAGGUCGUUCUUAGCAACGGGCGGGCCCUCAUCAAGAUUGUGGAGUCUCCUAAGUCGAAGCUGUAA